GUUAGAAAAUACAUGAAUUGGAGCCUUGGCCUUUGUUAGGCCUAAAGGAGGAAACAUACAACCGUGUAUCUGAUAUCUGGAAGAGUCGAUGUAGUUGGGCUGCAAAACAAUUGAUUAUACAAUAGACAGGGAAAGUCAAAAUGGACACUCUACUUCUUUUGCUUGUUGGAUUAUUCGCGACUUGUUGCUCCGCUGGAAAUCCAAAGUUGCUGGAAAAAAUGUUCAUCGCAUGUGGCGGCCCAAGUUACCUAUAUGUUCAAGAAGACCCAGUUGUACUAAAGGCGUGUAAAGGUGCAAGGGAAGGAUAUGAAGCUGAAUUUGGCAAACAGUUAAAAUGGGAUGCAAAUACAUAUAUAAAAAGUGGCCUUGAUUACGCAAUGAAGAUACGAGUGAAGACAAUGGCCAGUGGUAAGGAGGCAUUCAUCCACAUACUGGUUAGUGCGGAUGGCGAGUAUAUACGAAGCCAAGAGGGCUUCUUCAAGAAAAAGGACUGCAUCGAAAUACCAAUGGCGGAUGAUCCACUCGGUCUAAUCUUCUUGGAUAAGAUGAACAGAGACUGUAGUCGCCUGACACCUCCUAGAGAUUAUUCUUACGUCAAGGAUUAUCCCGAUGUUUUACAACUUGCGAAAUCGGCCCGUGCACAAUAUGAGGCCCUGGGAUACGGCGAUACGUUAAAAUGGGAUUCUAACACGUUUGUUAACAUUGGGUCAGAUUACUAUGGAGUAAAGAUACGGGUUAAACGAAUGAAUGAUUCAAAAAUAGCGUUUGUUCAUGUCUUGGUGAACGCCAGUGGAUUCGUUGAUGUUCAGCCAGGCGAAUUUACAAAACGAGAUUGCAUUGAUAUUCCGGAACCAACAUCUGUUGAACGUCCAGUCGGUGGUGAGGAACAACAGACUACCGAAGGCACUCCUCCAAUCACUGAAACCACCGAAGGCACUCCUCCAAUCACUGAAACCACCGAAGGCACUCCUCCAAUCACUGAAACCACCGAAGGCACUCCUCCAAUCACUGAAACCACCGAAGCAAUUACACCAGGCUCCCAAAUCACCCUUCCCACGAGUGACUUCAGUCGUGAAUUGACUGAGAGAUGUGACCGAGACUAUUACAAAGUAGCUGGUGACCUGUGGGACACUAUUAAGGGGCUAAAGACGGAGAUUGGAGCGAUCCUGGGUAUAGACACGGACUUGUUUCAGCCUCGCAUUUACAUACAAGAGGGUGAUGACAAAUAUGUAAAGAUACGGGUACGAGACUUCGAAAAUGAUGCGGGUCAGCGAUACAUCCACGUGCACGUUGACGCUGAUGGGAAUUAUGUUGGCCUAUUGGACAACAAGAAGAGAAAGUCAUGCAUCGAAGUAGUUUAAACGAAUGAUGAGAGAUACGAAAUUCUAGUGAUUCAUUAUUACAUUAUGAGCUUUUAUAAAUAUUCAGACUCUAAGGGACCCAAACAAAAUAUCAAUGUUUUUCGUGAUUGAACUCAUUUAUCGACAUACACCCCAGAGUCCCUCCUGUCGUAAAACCACAUUAAACAUCGAACAGUGAUGCUACAUUCUCACCCCAUCCAUGCUUUUCUAUAAAGAAUAAGUUGUGUUUCCCCCU